AUGACAGUUGCUGAAUAUGAUGCUAAGUUUAUGGAAUUAAGUCGGUUUGGGAAGUGCUUGAUAGCUACGGAGGAGAUGAAGGCCUCAAAGUUCGAGAGGGGACUCCGACCCACCAUCCGAGAAAAAAUAGUGGCUUUACGCAUCCGGAAGUAUUCUGACAUGGUAGACAGUGCCAUGAGUGUGGAACGUGAAAGGGAGGAUUUUCAGAAAAUUCAAGAAAGGUCCCGGGGUUCGCAUAAAAAUCAGAAUUGUUGUCCCUCCAACAACAAAAGGCAAAGGGGUGGACAAGAUUCAAGUGGGGGCAGUUUUGAAGGCAACUUCAAUAAAGCUCCUGAUGAAUGUUUUAUUGUGGAAAGAAGGGGCAUUUCAAACGAAACUGUCCAUCUCUACAUUCAGCCCCAAGAAAUGAUCAAGUGUAGUCUCAAGUUCCUAGUCACUCUCAAAUGUCUCAACAAUCACAUCCACGCUCAGGGUACUCUUAUACUCCACCAGCAACAUCCACAAAUCAGCCUCGCUUAA